GAACGCGAGGGGAAAUUCCCCGAGCUGCCAUCGGAAGAAGACGGCGGCUCGGCCGCCGUCUUCCACCCGGCCCUCCUCCCCUCCACCGAGGCCGAGUCGAAGGAAGCGGCCGGGGAGAAGCGGCGGUUGAAGCCGGGCCAGCGCCCUCCCUCCGGGGUCCCCGCCCCGCUCUCCAAGCCCGGGCCACCCGCCCCGCGGCCCGUCAGCGCCCGGCGGCCCGCCCUCAAGAAGGCCCGGGAACUGGAGCAACACGUGGAGAAGAUGGAGGAGUCCAAGUUCCUUCCCGCCUUGAGGCAACUCUGCUCCGAAUACGACAUCAACCGGGGCGGGGCGGGGAUCGUGCCUCCCUCAGGCGUCUGGCGGAAGCGGCGGGAGGACUGGAACCGGGAGCAGAAGCACGACCCGCACAUCAUCCGGAGCGAGAAGCGGCUGGAGCUGGAGAGGGAGAUCCGGCUUCAGGUCGACGCCAAGAUGAGGGAUGAGCUGGAGAAACUGAAAGCCAGCAUGGACAAGGACUACGUGAAGCGAAAGAAGAAGAAGGAACGAAAGAAGCGAAAGAAAAAGGACAAGAAGAAGAAAAAGAUGAAGGACCUGACCCCAGACCGGAGCCCGGAGUCCCUCUACGAGGAAUUAGUGGAGAACGGGAUCGUCAAGUUCCUGCCGCGGACGCGGCUCGCGGAGUUCCGCGGCCCGGUGCGGCUCGCCGGCCGGGAGGGGGAGGCACCGUCGCUCGGGGACGUCCGGAGGGCGAUCGCCGAGUACUGCGUCCUGGGACUCGGACGGAGGCGCCUGGAUCGAUGGAUCGAUCCAUCCCGCAGACGCUUUUUUGCUCUCGUUCUUACCUGUCGGGAAGGAAAUGGACGGAUAAACAAGCCGGUCGCUCAGACGAGAAUAUCAAAGACAGACGAAAGACGAGUCACUUUGCACCUGACGCUCGAUUCCCCUCAGUCGAAUCCGCUGUUCGAUUCCUCCCGUCGAAGCAGGGUUGCCAACCCUCCUGGUUCGAGCGGGAGACUCCCGAUUUCAUUCCCUUUCUCCCGAUCAGCUGGAAGAAGAUGUCGGGAAAUCGGGAUUCUCCGGGUUUCGCUCGGAGAAAGAGGGAAAAAAAGGCGAUGGAUCGGCAAGUCCCGAGGCCUCACACUCAUCCUAAUCCAUAAGAAUUUAUCGAACGGGGGAAAGAGCCGGCAACCCUGCGUCGAAUCCGCUGCUCGAUUCCCAGGUUCCCCCGAGGUGCGUCGGAAGGCACCGCUGACUCGGUCCCUGCUCAUCGCGGGUCCGAAGGGCAGCGGGAAGAAGCAGCUGGUCAGCGCCAUCUGUUGGGAGACGGGGGCGACGCUCUUCGAUCUUACGGCUGCCAACAUCGCCGGGAAGUAUCCCGGGAAGUCGGGUCUCCUCAUGCUCGUCCACCUGGUCAAUAAGGUGUCAAGGCUGAUGCAGCCGUCGGUGAUCUGGAUGGACGACGCGGAGAAGGCGUUCCUGAAGCGGGUGCCGAGGGGAGACAAGACGGAGCCGCGGCGGCUGAGGAAGGAGCUGCCCAAGCUCGUGAAGGCGAUCACGGCGGAUGACCAGGUCAUUCUCGUCGGGACGUCCUCGAGUCCGUGGAACUUCGAGCCGAAGGGCCUGGCGCAGACGUACCAACGCGUGAUCCUCGUCCCCGCCCCAGACUACCCGACCCGCCUGGAACUCUGGCAGACGUGGCUCCGGGCCUCGCUGGGCCCCGCGGUGCCUCCCCCGGUCGGCGUCCUCGCCCCGCCGGGCCCCGCCGCGCCCCCCUGGGUCGGCCUCCUCGCCCGGCUCUCGGACGGGUACACGGCCGGCUCCAUCCGGGACGCCAUCGGGGAGACGCUCACGCCGAAGAGGCUGAGGAAGUUGGAGAAGAAACCGCUGGAUCCGGCCGAGUUCAUCCCGGCCCUGGCCGAACGGGAACCCAUCUACGAGGAGGAAGCGGCGGCGUUCGAGCAGUGGUACCUGACCAAGACACCGCUGGGGAAGCGGUGGGCCAAGCGGCAAGAGGAGAGGGAGGACGCCUCUCCCUUCAAGAGGGCGGGGAAGGGGAAGAAACGGAAGAAGAAACGGAGGAUCAAGCGGAAGGGGCAUGGAGGCGGUGGGACGAAGAAGAAGGUCAAAAAGCGGAAGUAGGGAGGUCGCUUCUGGUGCGCUGUGGAAGCUCAAUGGGACUCGGGGGUGUAGUAAACAAGGAUUCAUACACUUUAAUAACAAUAAAUGCAUCACCGGAGGUGUACAAUAUAUAGCUGCCUCAGCAAAAAAAAGUUAAAUGGGC